AUGGGGCUGAAGGCGCGGCGCGGCGCGGCGGGCGGUAGCGGGGCCGGAGGGGCGGCGGAGGGGCGGCGGGCUGCGGGCGGCGGCGGAGGGGACCCCGAGCAGGGCUCGCUCGCCCUGGGCUCCGGAGCCGAUCGCGACGGGACGCUGCUGCUGGAAGGCGGUGGGAAGGAGGAGGGCGGCAAGCGGAGCCCUCCGGGGUUGGGGCUGUUGGCGAAGACCCCCUUGAGCCGCCCGGUGAAGAGGAACCACGCCAAGUAUCGCCGGAUCCAAACUUUGAUCUACGACGCCCUGGAACGACCCCGAGGCUGGGCGCUGCUCUACCACGGCUUCGUGUUUCUGAUUGUUUUGGGAUGUUUGAUCUUAGCUGUCCUGACAACUUUCAAGGAGUAUGAAACUGUUUCAGGUGACUGGCUUCUCUUGCUGGAAACCUUUGCCAUUUUCAUCUUUGGAGCAGAGUUUGCCUUAAGAAUCUGGGCUGCUGGGUGUUGCUGUCGCUACAAAGGAUGGAGAGGGAGACUGAAGUUUGCCAGAAAGCCUCUGUGCAUGCUGGAUAUCUUUGUGCUGAUUGCUUCAGUGCCAGUUGUUGCUGUUGGGAACCAGGGCAAUGUUCUGGCCACAUCGCUCAGAAGCCUUCGCUUCCUUCAGAUCCUGAGGAUGCUCCGAAUGGACAGACGAGGUGGCACAUGGAAACUCCUGGGAUCAGCUAUUUGUGCACAUAGCAAAGAGCUCAUCACUGCUUGGUAUAUUGGGUUCCUGACACUCAUCCUGUCCUCGUUUCUUGUUUAUCUGGUUGAAAAAGAUGUGCCUGAAAAGGAUGCUAAUGGGGUGGAGAUGAAGGAAGAGUUUGAGACCUAUGCAGAUGCAUUGUGGUGGGGCCUGAUCACCCUGGCUACAAUUGGGUAUGGUGACAAGACUCCCAAGACGUGGGAAGGACGGCUGAUUGCAGCUACAUUCUCACUCAUUGGAGUGUCUUUCUUUGCUCUUCCUGCAGGUAUUUUGGGUUCAGGAUUGGCACUGAAGGUCCAGGAGCAACAUCGUCAGAAACAUUUUGAGAAAAGAAGAAAGCCAGCAGCUGAACUCAUCCAGGCUGCCUGGAGAUACUAUGCUACUAACCCCAACAGAAUUGAUCUUGUUGCUACCUGGAGGUUUUACGAAUCAAUUGUAUCAUUUCCAUUUUUCAGGAAAGAGCAAUUGGAUGGUACUGCCAGCCAAAAGCUGGGUCUCUUGGAUCGGGUUCGUGGUACCAAUACUAAAGGAAAGCUAUUUACCCCUCUGAAUGUAGAUGCCAUUGAAGAAAGUCCUUCAAAAGAGCCUAAGAAUGUUGUCUUGAAUAAUAAGGAGCGUUUUCGCACUGCAUUCCGAAUGAAAGCGUACGCUUUUUGGCAAAGCUCAGAAGAUGCAGGAACGGGGGAACCUGGGGGAGAAGAGAGAGGCGACAGUAGUGACUUCCUUAUGGAAGAUAUGAUUCCCACAUUCAAGACAGCCAUCAGAGCUGUCAGAAUACUACAGUUUCGUCUCUAUAAAAAAAAAUUCAAGGAGACUUUGAGGCCUUACGAUGUAAAGGAUGUGAUAGAGCAAUACUCAGCAGGGCAUCUUGAUAUGCUUUCCAGAAUAAAGUAUCUUCAGGCAAGAGUAGAUAUGAUUUUUACACCUGGACCUCCAUCUACUCCCAAGCAUAAGAAAUCCCAAAAGGGAGGAGCUUUUUCUUACCCUUCACAACAGUCUCCCAGAAAUGAUCCAUAUGUAGCCAAAGCAUCUACAGUAGAUACUGAAGACCAAAGUAUGAUGGGCAAAUUUGUUAAAGUUGAACGACAGGUAAAUGACAUGGGGAAGAAAUUGGAUUUUCUUGUUGAUAUGCAUAUGCAUCAUAUGGAACAGUUGCAAAUACAAGUUGCUGAGAUAAGUCCAUUGAAAGAAACUGCUUCUCCUGCAAAGGAAAAGAGAGAAGAAAACAAGUAUUCUGAAUUAAAAACAGUGAUCUACAAAUACACUGAUCAGUGUACUCAUGAAACUCCUUACAACUUCCAGCAAGUUCCAGUCAACAAAGUCAGUCCUUAUGGUUUCUCAGCGCAUGGCCACAUGACUCAUUCACAGCCUCUUUCAACAGGUGGGCAAAACUCUGGCAAACUGCAAGCCACACCUUCCUCAACAUCAUAUGCAGAAAGGCCAACAGUUCUGCCUAUAUUUACAUUAAUGGACUCCCAGGUUAGCUACCACUCCCAAGGAGACAUGCAAAGCCCUUACUCAGAUAAAGUGUCUCCAAGGCAGAGAAGGAGCUUGACAAGAGACAGCGAUACCCCAUUGUCCCUUCUCUCCGUCAACCAUGAGGAACUUGAGCGCUCCCCAAGUGGCUUCAGUAUCUCCCAAGACAGAGAUGAUUUCCCAUUUGGCCCCAAUGGGGGAUCUGCGUGGAUGAGAGAGAAACGCUACCUAGCAGAGGGGGAAACAGACACAGACACCGACCCUUUUACACCAAGUGGCUCCAUGCCUUUGUCUUCAACAGGGGAUGGAAUUUCAGAUUCAAUAUGGACCCCUUCAAAUAAGCCAGUUUAGAAGUGCGUGGGGGGGUAGUCACUGGCUGACUUCUCCGUGUAAUGUAAGCAUACUUUGUAUAUCUCACUUACUCUGCACCCAAAGCUUACUAGUUCAAAACACCAAUGGCUGCAUAAGAUGCAUGUGAUAUUAGUGGUAGUCAUUCUGCACCAUUUCAUACAAUUUACUAAUGCAGUUUUUUUCAUGCUACCAAAACUAAGGAGCUUAGUUUUGAGCAUGGUUUGCAUGACUUUACCCUAUAUAAAUGGUACAGCUGAUUUCUUCUGUGAUUCAUACUAUCUGAUAUUCUUCAAUACAACCAACAAUGGUGGAUUGGUAACAGCCAAGAUAUGGUCCUUGCUACACUUUGUAAACAGAGCAGCAAAGUCAAAUUAGUUUCAGGAGCACUAUCCUUUUGUGGAAAUAAAAAGUCUGAAUCCAUUUUCCUAUUUAAGUAACUCAAUCUCUAUCCUAUCUAGCCAAAAGCAUAUAAUAUUCAAAGCAGGGAAAAAGCUGUCAAAGUAAACGACCUUACUGAAAUAGUUUUGUAAACUAAAUGCUUCUCAUGUGAUCUAUUAUAUAACUACCUAUGAAAUACAAUGCUAAAUUGAAGUUAGGGGUAGAAUUAAAAAUGAUGAAAGCCACCAACUGAGAUCAGUUUUGGAUAUUUAAUUACUGCAUAAAUUCCUCAAACUACUUUGAAAAUUACCACUAGUGAUUAUAAAAUUGCUGGAAAUAUGAUUACAAUCCUAU